AUGCCCGGUUCCGGUCAACAAGGCCUCGUCGAAACCGUCCGAGAACAGUCAGUCGUUUCGGCCCAACGAAGCCUCUCGACAUUCGAACGAGUUAUCACCACCAAUGCUCCUAUCCUCGAGUCUCUCCUGCUACAAGCCCCGACCGAUUCCAUCUUCAAGCUCUACCAUACCUCCCGUUACCUCCGUUCCUUUCUCCGAUCCUAUCCGACAGCAUGGAAGUACCUAUCUUUCCGCUUGUAUUAUCCUUCAGGCACUCCUCCUCCAGUACGAGUGGUUAUCCCGGGCUCAUCGGAGACUCUGGUGCCGCGCCAGUCCCGACCAUAUGCUCUUGACCAGUUGUUGAUGAAUGUGGUGGUGCCGUUUAGUCCGAUACUCAAGAGCCUAGAACUAGAUAAUACAGCGGUAUCGGGCCAGAUCCUUAUCUCGACGGUCUUACAUUCCCGGCGAGAAACCCUAGAGCAUCUCUCCGUCCGGGGUUGCAAGAAUGUGUCGCUCAAAUACCACAUCAUUCCAUACCUAACCAUGUUUGGCCUUCAGUACGACGUGGACAUGGAAACCAACUCCGGAACUUCUACCUCGAAAAAACACCUUGCCCUCAAGAGCCUCUACACAUACCGGUGUCGUCACCACCGCCGAAGGCCCUAUCUCUCCUCAUCGUUGGUACGGAAGGAUUCAGACUCUGAGCCCACCCAUGAGCUGGUCAAUCUAUGCCACAAGCUGGGGAUCUGGACGGAUACGACCUGGUGCUCGACUCCCGCUGGAAGAUGCUAUAGGAGAAGAGGUUAUGUCUCUAUGCGGGUUCCGCAGGGGUCUGCUGAGGUUUGGGUAGUUUUCGAUCGAUUAUGGCGGUCCAAAAACUGGAUCGGGCCCAUUGACUCGUCAUAUCGGGCACCUGCGGAGCGGGAUGGAAAGGUAUGGGAGCAUGGCGAAUUUGGAAACUUUGGUGAGGCGUUGGGAACCGGAGAAGGAGAUUGUUACGGUGAGGGCAAAACGGUACCCGCUCACCUGCGUCACAGCCACACACGAUUUGUCGAGAAUAUUCGGUGUGACAAUUGCCUCGAGGAUAUUUCCGAGAGGUGUGAGCAGUGCAGCAUCCUGAUGCACUGUGUUGGGUGUCGAAAGACUCUCUGUGCAAGCUGUGCUUAUGACAGACCAUACAGUCAUCUUCGAGCUCGGCCUUCUUCGGAAGACACAUCCUCGCAGGAAAGUGAUUCCAUCUGGUGGGCUCCUGGUGCUACAGUUUCGCCAUGUGUCAUGCAGGAUCCCUUGGUAGAUGGGUCAGGAAACGAAACGUUGAAUGCCAACGGUCCUACACCGUACCCGAAUCUCAAAUUCCAUUGGUGCUGUACCGAGCCCAUAUUCUCCGGCGGUGGUGGCAUCAGUAUCGGAACUCCCAACCGCGAUGUGGACCACGUGCGAGCAGUGCCUCUGCCUCGAGGGAAAGGCUGGGAAGAUCUGGAGUACACUGCCCAUGAGUGGAGCAAGACCUUCCCCAAGUACGCCUAUGGCGAUCCGAAGAAACCCGAUUACUCUCUCCAAGAGGGCCACAUUGCCAUGAUGAGAUGGCUGCUGGGACCCCCAGAUCGCAAGGCAUCAGCUUGCCCGCGUAACCUAUGCCAGAGCUGUUAUGACACUCCGCAAUGGAAGGUUCACUGCAAGAGCUGUUCGAAGCCAUUAUGUAUUGAACAUGAUCUCCGGGGUCUUCGCCUGCGGAUAUGUGGCUACCGGGACCUCGCUCUGGAAAAGAUAGCACUCCAGACCCAUAUCAAAGCCAAUCCACAGCAUGCUAAUCGUGAAACAUUUGUGCCUCGACACCUUCCGCAGACUGAUUCUAUGUCAGGGUUUGAACUUCCGUAUCGAACGCAACGGCUGCUCGACUCUACCACGAGCAGUUUUACCGAAGAGCAUCCUGCGGAAGGUUCGAUGGAUGCGACUCCACCUGCUUCGCAGAAUACUAUUGACCAGUCCGAGUCUUCUGUCCCCAUGCGGCGUCGGAGCUUCUCCGGGACAAACUCUAACCGGUCUGGUUCAUCGUCGCCAACUUCGGUGUACUGCGAGGCGCCUCUUGAAAUGCCUAAAUGGCAAGGCUGCCAGUCCUUCUUCUGUCCACAGUACCGAGCACUAGGGGAUCAGCGACAGAGGUGUGCGAGUGUCCUCCGGGAAUGUACGAGAUGCUCAGUGAACGUGUGCCAAGAUUGUAUCAAUGACAACCCGCCAUGCAACUGCUCUUACUGCUCCGUCAACUAUCUCUGUCCAAACUGUCUCAAGUUACGUGAGCAGGACGGCACUUGUCGCCGACAGGAAGAAGAGAGGGCUCGACGAGAGCAGAAGUGGAAGAGAGACAUGCAGGCGUUGGAAGGCAUUUUGGAAGUGAAGCUGGCAAACGAGGUGGCAGAAUAUGCAGGCCAAUUCUUCGACACUAUCGAACAGCCGGGUGGCGUUGUUGAGGAGGUGGAGGAUAUUGAUCACGACGAGUUUGCUGUGGACGACAGCUUCCACGACAUGGAGUAUGCGCAAGAGACGAUGCUAGACAGUCUCGAGUGA